GGAAAAAUGGAUAACUUCUUGCCCUUUUCCUCUUCUAACGCAAACUCUGUCCAAGAACUCUCAAUGGAUCUAGGCAACAAUCGUUCAAACUUCUCAACGAUCCCAACUUAUGAUCAUCACCAUCAUCAUCACCAUAUGUUACCGCUGUAUCCAAACGUUGCAUGCCCGAUGGAGCAGACGGCGGUGAUGAAUUCUCAGCCGCUUCACUCAUCGGAGGCUUUUCCUCAGUUCCCGGUAACGCAAACCGGAAGUGAAUUCGGUUCUCUGGUUUGUAAUCCCGGUUUGAGACAUGAAAGGGGUGGAUUUCUUGAUCCACAAAUGACGAAGAUGGCCAGGAUCAACAGGAAGAAGGCGAUGAUAAGAUCAAGACACAACUCUAGCACUAAUUCUAGUUCAAAUGAGUUGGUUGAUUCAAGGAGACAAGUGGCUCUUAACGUGAAAACUAAAUCCGAGCUUACCGCUACAAAAGAUCUCUAUCGAUUUUCCUCAUUCGAUAACAAGAAGCUUAGGGUUUUGUUAGUAAAGCACUUGAAGAACAGCGAUGUUGGAUCACUUGGGAGGAUUGUUCUACCAAAGAGAGAAGUAGAAGGAAAUCUUCCGGAGCUAUCUGAUAAAGAAGGAAUGAUAGUAGAAAUGAGAGAUGUUGACUCUAUGCAGUCGUGGUCUUUCAAGUUCUGGUCCAAUAACAAGAGCCGAAUGUAUGUCCUCGAAAACACAGGAGAAUUUGUGAAAAAAAAUGGAGUAGAGAUGGGAGAUUCUUUAACAAUCUACGAGGACGAAAGCAAGAAUCUCUACUUCUCCAUUAGAAAGUACACAGACAAACAAAAUGAAAGAAAAGAAGAUAAGUGGAUGGAAGUCAACGACAUGAACUUCUUCGACGAUAUAAUGUUCGAUUACAUGCCAAAAGACGAAGAAGAAGAUUCUAUUGCAAUGCUCAUCGGAAAUCUAAACGAUCACUAUCCCAUCCCAGACGAUCUUAUUGGCCUCACAGCCGAUCUCGACCAAGCCACCACCUCCUUAUCGCCACCUGUGGAGUACGUGACCAAUCCCCCGCACGUGGGUUCGUCCAAUGAUCACAUGAGCAUGAAUGACUUUGUAUGGUAA